CAUCCAUGGCAACCAUCAACAAAACCACAGAAAGUGGUAAAUGACUGAAAUACCGGGACGUGAUUAGAUUGGCAAGAUUGUUUAAAACAAAAAUCUCGCGAAGUGGUUGCAACUGGUUGUUUUUAAACCCCAUAUCUUAUUAAUUCUGCGAAACAUGCCUCACCAAGCAUCUGAUAUCGACAAUAUUUCUAUGGUUAAAGAAGGUCAUCGUCUGUGUGAGAAGGCCCAGCUUCACGAACUGAACCAGCACUUUGGUGACUGUAUCCAGAAUGUGAGGUCUACAAGGGGCCAGCCAGCACAGUUUGACUCUGCAGCACAGCUGAAUCACAUUCAGAGGUUAGAGGAGGAGAUCCUAGACCUCCGGAACAUGUAUGAUAAAGAGAUCCAGGCCCUCCAUGGGCAACUGGAGAUGACCAGCUAUGAAAGGGCAAGACUAGAGCUGAACAACCUGCAGAACUCCCAGAUGGCUACUGAAUACCUGGACAGAGUUACUGAGCUAAAUGGCCUCCUCUUAAGAAAAGAUGAAGAACUGAGGAGUCAGCAGCUGCUAUUGUCUCAGAAGGAAAGAGAGCUUGAGAAAAAGACUGAUUUGACUGUGUCUCUUUCUGCCAAGCCUGACCUGGGCAGGAGCGAACUUGAAGAACUACACCACCGUCUCCAAGAAGUUCAGUUCAGGUAUGAAACCGAAUACUCCCAAAGGUUGCAGCUUCAGGAUGAAGUGAGUGUACUAAAACACAAGCUGGAACUACAGCAAGCGUUUCAUUCCCAGCUGCUGGAUUCAAAAAUGCGCCUGAGUAAUGACCAGAGACACACUGGACAAGUUGAUGAAGAGAACCAGCAUCUGUUUGAUCAGGUGAAUGAGCUGACAGCCAAGAUCACUGCACUGGAAAGCAAGCUUCUCCAUGAAGAGAGCAACAACAGAGGGCUCAUUGAGAGGCUGAAACAGGAGCGACUGAGUGACCAGCGGCGCAUUCGAGCCCUGGAGACCAGGCUAGAGGAAAUGCAGGAUCUGCUGCUGGUCAAAAUGAAAGAGCUUGCUGACUCUCAGGAGGCAGACACACCACUACAAACAAUGCCUGACUCCCUCAAGGCUGUGGAAGAUGAAGAAAAAGACAAGUUUUUGCAGAACCAGUCCCACCUAAACUCAGAGGACAAUGGGGCAGAGGGCACAACAAUGGACCUGCCUCAGCGCACAUCUCCUGACCCGACAGCCUUCAGCUCGAGCCAGACAGCGUGUAUGUCACCCAAGCCAGGAAGACCAGCCACUUCUUCUGGGAUACAAAGAAGCAGGCAAGGAAAAGCAAUGGUUGGCUUUAAAGAGUCAGAAGUUCCCAAGCGAGCUGUCUCUGUACCCCCUUCCCUUGACCUGGGGAAAGGCUCUAUGGGGCAAGGAAAAGAUUAUUUCAGCUCUUUGUUCAGGGAGCUGAGGAAGGAAGCAGCGCACCCUAGUAACAGCAAAAGCAGGUCUUCCACAGCACAAGACUACCACAAUGCAAACUCCAGUGCCAUUGGGAAUAUCGAAAUAGCUGAAGUCGAUCAGAGUGGACUGUUUGUAAGACUGGUAAACAGUUCAACUGAGCUUGAAGAGGACAUUGGUGGAUUCAUCCUCCAGCAGAAUGUUGGUGGCCAUCCUGUGGCAGUGUAUAGAUUUCCACCAAGGACACGAAUGAAGGCAGAUGCCACAGUAACGCUGUGGUCAGCAGCAGCAAAUGUCUCUCACAAACCUCCAGAGGAUUUUCUAUGGAAAGAGCAAAAUAGGUUCGGGACUGGUCCAGAAUGUACAACUAUCUUCUGCAGACCAAAUGGCCAGGCAAUAGCUUGGUAUACACCUGCUCGAUGGAAUGUUAGGUUACAACAAGCAUGGCAAGAACCUGUCUCAGAUGAAGAGGUUCAGACCAGAAGCCAUUCAGCUUUACUGUAUAAUGAUGGCAAGCUAGCAGAGAAAGUGGAUUAUGACACAGCUAGGAAUCUCGUUGACCUGCCUAGUACUAAACACUCAAGAACCCAAAGUAACCAGAGAGAAGAGGAGCCAUCUGUUUUACUGAAAAGGGAGAAGGAGUCUCCACUUGCUCUCUUCCCAACUCGCAGUCCCUGGGUUCAGAGCACCAACUCUCCCACACACCCUGCCUAUGCCCCCCCAAGACCACUGUCCAUGGGUAAUGACGGGAGCAGCCUGUGCAGACAGGCUCGGUCACAGUCUACCAGGCCAGACCCAGCAGCUGGUUAUCUGUAUGCAGGGAGCAGCAGUGGUAGGAAUGCAGCCUCUGGACGGGAUUGCAGCAUUCACAGUGCCAGAAGCAAAAGAGGGCCUACUCGCUCAGCAGGGCCCAGUCUAGGUGGAGUAAUGUACUUGGGGCACCCCACUCCCUUUGCCUCCCCUCUGCAGAGAUACUACGCCAACGCCUCGUACAACAUCAAGCUGUCUAGCCAGGCAACUCUCUCACCAAGCCAUCUACCUUCUACCAGAAAAACCUGCUGAACAGUACCUAGUUCUAGAGAAUGCAAAAAUCCCAUUGAUUUAUAAGUUUAUUAAUAUGGAGUCAUUAAGCUGGUUAAAAAAAAAAAAAAAGUAGGUAUUUGUUCUUAGUAGUUAUUGCUUAUAGGUUAUUAUGGGGACAAGACUAUGUAUAUUUUAAAAUGUGUUAAAUACUAGUAGCAAAAAAGCAGGAAGUAUCCAUUGUUAGUUAUGAAGCAGAAAAAAUGGGACUUUAAUUGGUUCCUACGUCACUCCUAUAGUAAACACUUGCCACAGUUUAUGAACAGUUUAUUCCUAAGGGUAAUAAACAGGAAAUACAGCAGGUGGUUUCCUCCAUUGAUUCCUUGAAAGAGGCUGUGGGAGAGCUGUGAUGAGACCAAAAUUUAUUGUCUAGCAUGCAUUGAUAGCACUGUACAAAUACUGGAUCAAUUUGUUUUCACAAUGGCCCCCCUGUUUUGAAAAGAGCCCCACUGCUGCAACCAACUUACUGAUCUGGAUGACUGGUAAUCAAAGGGCAACCUCAGCUAGUCCCAGUGGGAGGGCAAAACUAACACAUCACUCUCUGUUGGUCCACAGUGUUAUCAACAACUUGGUGCACAUGUGAUUCGAACCACAUUUCUAUGGCUCACAUUGCAUUCCUAAUGGCAGUGCUUUUACUAGAUGAGCCACUGUGUGCCCCAAAAGCUUAGAACUGUUUUACUGAACAACUGUCCUUUCAAGGAGAUAAUUUGGCUGUUUUUCUUUGUUGUUCUUGUUGUUUUAUUUUAUUUUAGUUUUAAGACUGCAUUUUAUUCUACUCUAUUCAACCUGAAUCUGUACAUCUAUGGCCAAAAGUUUUGCAUCACCCUAUAGAAUGAACUAAUUUGGCUUCGUAGUUGAAUGAA